AUGGGUUCAUGGAAGCCAGGCAGUGCACCGAAAUUCAUGGAUGCGUACGAGCUGCAAGAGUUGCUCUCCGUUGCCAUGCCGAAAGCCCUUGAAUGGGUCAAGCUCUUCGAUCCUCCUGCGUAUGCGCAGAUUCAGACCACCAGGUCAGCGAUGGACCACAAGAAGGUGAAGGUCUUGGUUCCUGCAUUUCUAACAUGUGGCAUCUUCCUGUCAACCACGAUCUCCAAGAGGCAAAAGAUCCGGUUCUUGCUGGGUAUGUUCGACGAGAAUGACAGCCAGACGUUUGAGUCUUCCGAAUUUGUGGAGAUGAUCUCCUCUUUUUUCUAUGGCAUCGCCUGUGCCUUCGCACUCCUGGACUUUCCAGGCGUUGCUCCGAAGCCGAGUGUGCGCCAGAAUCUGGGAAAACAUCUGUUCGACCGCGUGGUGAAGGGUGCCUGUUGCAGGGUGCCGUUCUGGGAAGCGAAGAAGAUCAAAGCUGAAGAUUCAGCACCGCUGUGGCUCAUUGAAGAGUGGUUCUUGGGUGAGACUGGAGACCCUCUCUCUGCUCCGUUUGCUAUGCUGCUGGAACGGUUUUCGACGCGUGGCUUGGAAGAUGAUCCGGAGUUCUUCGAGGAUGAGGAAAGAAGGUUCAAGCUGUCCCACACUAGUCCAGUGGAGCCGCCGUUGGAGACGGCAGCCUCCCUGGACUCAAGCUUUCUCCGCCGUGGUGAGAUAGGCCUGGUGCGGAAAGUGUAUGACGAGUGCGAGAGGCAGCGUGAUUUCUCGUUAUCUCAUGCAGAUGUCGGGCGUGCACUUGGGGAGCUCAUCCCUCCAGAUCUAUGGUGCAACCGAAUCGCACGAGGUUUGGAAGAGAUGGAACGAGUGCGUGGGGUGGGCCAGAAGACCAGCUUACCGCUCUUCCUCAAAAAGGUGUGCCCUAACGCGAAGCCUCGCCACCUCCGCAUGUUCCAGACUUGGAUGAAGGAGUUGGAUCACAUAGAGGAUCUCAAAGUGCAAUCAGCGACGUCUCGCCGCAUGCAGCAGCAUUUUGAAAGUUAUGUCGCCCGGCCAAUAUUGCCGGCGCGUGUUCGGCAAGAGUUGCUGGAAGAGUUUGAGAGUCUUGCCUACGCCUCAAGCGAGGAACGAGUUAUGCAAGAUGCCUUGCGCAAGAAAUUCUUCGAUAGAGGCUCAAGGGUGACCAAGGAGGAUUACCUUGCUGCCAUGUGCCCGACGGAGUUUCGGCACAAGGAAGGCAACCCGGCCAUCUAUCAGGCCGUAGGCCAGCUGCUGAGAAUGCAGGUGGUUAAAGUGGAGGAGGCCCUCUCGCAGAAGGAGGCUUUGUUUGCAAAGAGUGGUGAAGUUCCGAUUACGAGGAGGAAGUUCAUCAAGCACUCGGUUCCAGAUAAUCACUGGGCCUUGUGGAACAAAGCUUUCGAUGCUUUCGAGAGCGGCACAGGCAAAGGACAAGUGUCCAUGUCGGAGCUCGUGCGCCAGAACGACUUGUGCCCCGCGGUCUGUGAGUUCAUUUGCAACAUCAUUACCGGGAGCUGCGACGGCAGUGAGCCGUGCUUCUCAAAAGAGCUGUGGUUGCGGAGAUUUCUUGAGCUGAGCCCUUGGCGCGUCAAGAAGGAAGUUUUGAGCCAGGGCAGCAGAUUCGUAGGCUAUGUAAAAGCCUGCCAUCCAACGGUCAUUUCUCGCUACAGCAGUCACAUCUUCGCCAGGUCUCAGGAAAGAGCGGCCAUUGCUUUGCUGAGUCUGGACAACGACAAGCUGUACAUCCAGCUGCCGUCCUUCAACCUUUCGUCGAAGAAGGGGACUGUCGUAAGCAGCAUUCGGGCCAUUGGCAAAGACCCGGCACCUAUCACGAAGUCCAUCUAUCAGCGGUGUCCAUUUGCAUCAGUGCAGCUGGGCUCCACUUGCGACACGCUUGCAAGAACAGCUCCAUGCAAGCCGUCAGCCUGUGGCCACUGCCUCGUCAUCAGCUUCAAAGAGAUGUUCGGUGCUGUGCUUUCGGCAUUGGCCCGGUGGUUCCUCCCCUCACGGAAGCAGGAGGGACGGGAAGCAGAGGAGGAGCCUGCGACCCCUGCCGAAAGGCAGCCAGCGCCGCCGUCGCAGACGCAGGUCAUCGCCUCGACCAAUGAGGUGUUGCCCACCGCCCCGGCCGUACCACGGGAAGCGCAAGUACAGGACACCAAGGAGCUGUCACGGCCUUCUUUGUCAGAAGCGGCCGAAGUCUCCCCAAAGGAGCCUGCAUCAGCCUCCAGAGCGCUUGCGGAAGCGGCAAACUUGCGAGAGCGGGAGGUCGUCCAAACACUGGACACUUCCGACCAGCAGCCACCGACAUCCGCGCUGCAGCAGACACAGCCUUCUGCUUCCUCAGAGCCCGCAUGCGCGGCGCCGACCCUGCGAGCGGCGCCACCAGCACAGCAAAGCUUGCCCGCAGAGGAGCCGUCUCGUCCAGCUUUUCAGAGUACAGAGCUCGCAGACGGUUCUUUCGAGACGAAGUUGGAAGUAGUGAAGGAGGCAGACACGCUGUAUCUGCGGCUGUUGCCAGUUUUUGGAGAUGCGAGGAGAUCACCAGAUGACGAUGUCGAGGCAAGCAAAUCUGCCACUCUGCAACGAAAGCUGGACAAAGCAAAGGAGGUCAGCAGCAAGUCCGCAACUCUGCAGAAGAAGUUGAAGGAGGCGAAGGCCGGCAGGGCAGCCAGCCCUGCAAGGGCUGAAGCGCAGCCGGUAGCGGCAAGUUCUGAAAGCUCAGCAGCGACCACAGUCAGUAAAACCGCUAUCCUUCAGAAGAAGCUGGACGAGGCACGCAGAUCUGUACUCCUCAAGACAGCAGCCGAAGAGGUGCCGGAGAAAGCUAUGCAGGCAAACGAAGAUGUGGAAAUGCAAGAAUCCCUGGAGGAAAGCACGUUCAAGAUGAAGACUGGAGAUGAGGCGGCAAUCAAAGCCACUUCGUCGAGGCCCAGUUCGCCGGACAAGCAGGACAACAUGGAGGCCAGGGUUGCGGACAUGAUGGAGCUGCAGGAGGCUGCAAAGAGUCGCAGGCGAGGAGUUGUGGAGAAGGCCAAGAGUGUCAAUCGAGGAGAAGGAAGCAGCGCAUCCAGGAGGGAGAAGAGGACAGCUGAUGACAUGGAGGAAACAAGAACACCCAAGAAGAAACGCGACGAAGAGACCAAGGGUCAAGAAGAGCCUCGUCAGGUGCGCAGAGCCUCCUUGUUCUUGAAGGGAGCCAAGAAGAUGACCGCAGGAAGCGCACCACAAAAGCAGGCGGUUGAAUCCGAAUCUACGGAUCAUGGGAAAGAUGCCCCAGCGAGAGAGCGCGGUGCUCGCCCGAAAGCCUGGAGCAAGCCUGCUGCACAGGACGAUGUGUCUCUGGACACCGGAGCCGAAGAGCGUCCAUUCAACGUUUUCCGGGCGAAGGUUGACGUGUCAGAUGGCUUUGCAGAUUCUGGGAAGCACCUUGGCAGAACUCCAAGCGAAGGACGAGAAUGUCGCAUGAGUUCGUGA